AGGCGGACGCUUCGUCACCGAGCGUCUCAGCUCAGCUUCCCGACAUGAAACGUCAGCUUUCCCACUCCUCUGAUGCUACCUGGCCUGCUGUGAUCCUCCAUCUCCGCACCUGGUUAUCUCAGCCAGACGGGCGUGAGAUUUGAGCGGGGUGGAAAUGGGAUCGCUCCGUCGUUGCCGACAAGGCAGCUGCGAACACGUGCGGGGCGGAUGCACUUGCGGCCGGUCGGGGGGGGUUGAGGGAGCGGAUGUGAGGUCAUGCGCGGGGCGGAAGCAGUAUCGCCAGUUCUGGGGCGCGGGUAAAGCGCGGUGGACGUGAGGUCAUGAGUGGGGCGGAAGUGUAGUUACUGCCUGAGGAAUUGAUUGAGAAGAGGUUCCAGGAUUGGAGAGUCACAGAAACAUGUCCCAUGGAAGUUGUUUCCUCGGACCCAGAACACCAAUGGAAGUUGACUUGAUGGUAAAGCAGUUGAAGGAUUUAGACAAAGAAAUCUUCAGAAAAAUACUUAAAGCUGUUGUCAAUGCACUCGAAGGAAAAGAUUCCAGAGAGUCUGUGAGGAGUAUUGUCGAGACAGAGUGUCUACCUGAGGAGCAGCUAAGUUAUAUGCUAGCAGGAAUGUACACACUGCUCAGAGAAGCUCUGAGGUUACCACAAACUUCCCUCAAGCAAGAGGUUUUUAAGGGAGAUCUAAGAGACCUCAGGAUUCCAGAGGAAUUUAUUUCAGACUUUGCGAGUGUUGUGUUUGGUAACAGGCGGUCAGUAUUGGAGACUGCAGCCUUGCAAAACCGGACACGAUUGCCAACUCUUCAAGAUUUCAGAUGGAGAGUUGAUGUGGCUAUUUCUUCCAGCUCUUUGACCCGUGCCUUGCAGCCUGCUAUACUGAUGCAGUUAAAACUGUCGAAUGGUAACAUCCAUCGUUUUGAAGUCCCAGUUUCGAAGUUCCAGGAAUUGCGAUACAGUGUUGCCCUAAUCCUGAAGGAAAUGAAUGACUUGGAAAAGAGAAGCAUUCUCAAAAUUCAAGAUUAGCAUAUUUGUCAUCAAAACAAAACUGUAAACCAGAGUUAUAUGCCAGGACCUUUGCCUUUGGCAUAAAGGCUCUAUAGGUAAUCUGGCUUUAUUAAAGCUGCCUUACCUAGAGAACUUUUCAUUAUUUUUGUCGCGUUCACAGUCAUCCAAAUCAUUUCUUGUGAACUGUGAUGGCUGGUGUGUCAUGGCUUCUUGAAUUAAUUUUGGUCUUCAAUAGCCUUAAAAUGCCUGUCUGUCUUUGACUCAAGCUGUAUAUCAGUUAAAGGCUGAGCAACUGGCUUGAUAGGUCAGCCCAAGUCACCUAACUGCACAGGAGUUUAUAUAAUUAGGAAAAUUACAUUGGCGGUAAUUUGUGUAUUGAGUGGUAAAGAGAGGGAAAACUUUAAACUGUGGAGUAAAAUUUUAAAAAAUGUUAUGCAAGAACUUUAAUAAACGAGAGUAAUAGUAUAAGUUACAACUGGAAAAUGAUUAAAGAAUGAAAAUUGCAUGUUUGAACAUGACUAACCCUUUUAUGUAAAGUUUUAAGUUGAGUGACCUUUAGCUUGUACAAUAACAGAUCUAGUUUCAAAUGUGAUAAAACUUCAAAACUGGUAGAACAUGUUAUAUAUGGCGCCAUACUUUGUCAUUUGUGUUUUUAGUAUGGUAAAGUUUCUGACCAGUGCAGAACUCAAACAUUGUGUUUGUGGCUCCAAGUCCAUCCAUAGAUAGGAAGUGUGUUUGUCUAGUAUAUGUGUGAAUCUACACUAUUUAUCUUGCUUCAAGGAUCUUGCAUUCAGUUAGAAACUAUUGAUGUCAAAUCUUCAGACUUACACUGUAACAGCCCAGUUGUUUGUCAGUUGAAACCACAUGUUUUUGGUAUAAGUAUCUCUCCUAAAACUGAUAGGAACUGGGAAACAAUUGAAGUAAUAAAGUGUUUGAACAUCUCUCUCUCGCGCUCUCUCUCUCUCGCGCUCGCUCGCUCUCGCGCUCGCUCGCUCUCUCUCUCUCUUCUUUCCCCCCCCCACACCCCUCCUACUAAAAUUUCAUGAUAGCAUGGACUUCUGCAUAAGAAAUAAUUUCAUGCGCCUUUACCAAAUGGCACUUUUUAAUGUGAGAUUAUUUAUGGUGUAUCACAGCCGACCUUAACACAUCCAUGUACCCGUAUGGUAGUAGGUGUCCUGUCCCUGGUCGGGAGACCUGGGUUCAAGUCCAACCUACUCCAGAGGUAUGUAGUAAGAAAAAUUUAGGACCCUGUUGUGGUUCAGUGGUAGUGUCCUUACCCCUGGACCAACAGUCCUGGGUUCAAAUCCCAGCUGCGCCAGAGGUGUAUAAUAUUAUCUCCAAACAGGUUGAUUAGAAAAAUAGGUUUAAUUUUUUUGAAAAAGCGCAAAAUUCCCAACAGCAACUAGAAAAUAAACUGGGACCUCUGUCAGCAUUGGUGCUGAGAUUAAUUCUCGCCUGCUAUGAUGUUGGAAUGUUCUUAGUUUUGUUUUGACAGUCUUAGGUUUAAAAGGUAAACUAAGAAUUUCUUGAUAAGUUAUGCAAUUCCCAUACUUACUUUAUAUCCCAUGUGCAUUCUUUGAAAUGUUGCAUGCAUAAUUAUGGUAUUAUGCAAUUACUGAAGCAUUGGCUUGACUCAUUUCAUAACCUCCCCACCACUGAGUCAUAAGUUUCACUGUUCAUAUCUCAGUCAGGUUUUCACAUAGUCUAGGCUGCGGCAUGAGUGCUGAGCUAGGGAAAGCUGUGUUGUUGACACUAAGGAGAGCUAAAUUCUUUCCAGUACCCUAACCUCACAUUUUUCUCUCUCUAAACAUCAAUAAAAACAAUUUAAAUUGUCAUUCAUCCAAUUUACUCAAUGUGCGCUAAUUCUAUUUAUCCUCUUAAAUGUCUCCAAUUAAUUAAAUUUGAAAUUGUAUGUAACAACAUGUUUUGAACAUUGAGUGACAUUGUAAAGUACAGAAAUGUUUUUGUUUACACUAUUCAUUCUUCACAAACCUCUAAGCUUGCGUAAUAACAGAUCCAAUUUCAAAUGUAAUGAGGCUUUGAAUGUUGUAUAACGUGUUAUGUAAAAAUGUCGUAGUUUUUUGGUGUUUUUGUAUUUUUCAGAGACCUGAGGGCACGAUUUUCAAAAUAAGAUGGAGCUGAAGAUUAAUUUAUUUUCUCAAAGUCAUUACAGUUUGGAAUUCUUUACUCCAAUAAGUAGUGAUAAUUGGAUAGUUGAACAUAUUCAAGGCUUGAGUUACACUUUUGAUAAAGCAAGUCAAAGGUUCUGAGCGAAGAGUUUGGAACAGACAGUAAAGUGGAAUUCAGACCACAAAACAAUUAGCCAUGAUCUUAUUUGAAUGGAGGAUUAUGCUCAAUGGAUUAGAUAGUUUUCAGGGUGAAUAGAAAACAGCUAUUCCCCUUCACAGGACAGAUAACAAAGCGCCAUGGUGUUGUUGUGGUGGAGAGAUAGUGUCUUGCUCUUUAAACCAGGAGGCCAAGGUUCAAGUCCCACUUGCACCAGGGCUGUGUCAUAACUUCCCUGAAAUGGUUGAUUAGAAAAUAAUGAACAUGGCCACAAUUUUAAGUUGAAAGGCAAGAGGUUUAGAGGAGAUUUGAGGGCAUGUCUUUUUCACCCAGAGGCAAUGCAUUUCCUGAGUGGGUAAUUGAGGUGGGUAACCAUACAACCUUUAAGAAGUACUUACAUGAGCAGUUGAAAAAUUAUAAAACUCAAUGUUGUGGUGCUGGAAAGUGGGACUAGUGUGGAAUUUACUGUAACUUUGGAAAUACAGAUCUGAUGGGCUGAAGGACCUGUUCUAUGCUACAGAUUCUAGGCACUGUUUUUCAUUAUUUUCAUUGUGUCUGUAAGUUUUGGAACGAUAUAAAAUAUGAGAAUUAUUUCACAAGAAACUAAAAAUAAAUUGGCAAAUGCCUACAUUUCUGUGCCUGA